GUUUACUUCUUUCUGAAAGUCUUUGAUUAUCAGAAACUUUUACUAGAGAUUUUAUUUUAUUCGCUACUGAUUGUAUGCAAUUUAUCUACAAAGGAAGAAUGCUCGAGUUGUGCAAAAAUUAAUGACUUGCUUCCAGUAUAUCCUUGAUAUGAAACAAUAAAUAAUACUUAAAUGACAUCAUAGUUUAAGAUAUGCUGUCGUCAAGAUGCAUUGACUAGGACAAUCGUAAAGAUUACAGCUGACCCAUUUGCUAAUACCUUAUCCAAUAAUAUGGUGAUGGCAGGAAACGAAAAUGUGCCAGGAGCCUUGGCAGAUGAUCCAUUAUCUGCAAGACUGCAAUGGCUACGUCAACGCAGAGAAGCCUUACAAGAGAAGCUUGCUCAAAAAAAUAAUGAGUUGAAAAACCUGUGCAUAGAGGAGGCGGAGUUAACCGGAGUUUUACCACCGGAAAUACCUCUGGAGCCUGGCGAAAGUCCACCAACUUUUCGUAGAAAAGUUGGCACUUCCUUUAUACAUCCACAAAAAUUGAUCCUUAAGUUGAAGACAUCUGAUGUUGAGGAAUCUGAAUUGGAGUUGGAAAAGCAAAUACAGCUCGGAAUUGUGGAAGCUGCGUUGGGUAUUAUUAACGAUCCUACGGAAAGUAAGGCCACACGACGUAAGCACAGACUUGCUUAUCAGCAAAGUCAGCGAAGACUACAAGAGUUGGAAACACAGCUGAACUUUAUUAGACAAACUCGUGGUAAAAUACAGCGUCCAACUCAAUUGCUAGUGAACACAGGAAAUUACAAUACGCAAACACAUUCACAUAUUAACGUAAAGCAUAGAACAAAAAAGCCACGGCCACCUUUAGAUAGUACAGGAAAUGAGGUAACAAGUCCGAAAUCUGUUGGAAGGAGUAUUCUUCAUGAACCUGGUAUUAGUUUGAGUCCCUUGGCAUCUGAGGACAAAUCGAAUACUUACAGUGGACAUGGAUAUGAGGAGCAAUUAACCAUACCGAGCGUUUGCAAUCAUCAUCAUCACAGUGGCACAUAUUCCGGCAUAAGUCCUGUCGAACAAUCGAACAUUAAGAUCAUGGAACACGAUCACACUGAUAAUCACAACGUCUACAUUUUACCUGAUCAGUAUCGCGCGCGUACAUAUUCCCAUGGAAGCGGCGGAUCUCGUGGCCAUUAUCAGGAUACUGAGAGAAUAUAUCGACCUUACGUGCCGAACACAUAUACCGAAGACGAACGUCAAAUGCGCUACCUUAAAUUUCAGCAUAUGCAAAAGCAACAACAAUUACAGGAUCAGGUGCAGCAGCACACCCACAAACUACAGUAUUCGGGUUCCUUUGAAUACAAGCACCUCGAUAAUGCGGAUAUCUUACGGCGAAGCGGACAGGGAACCUAUGACAGAGAUCUUCGUUCAUCUCAUUAUUUGCCCAUCGAUUACCAAGCCUACUAUAAGAACAGCGCGCAAUCUCAGCAAAUACAGAGGCGAGAUCGUGACUCGUCAUUAUCAACUUGCAUUAAAAACACCUCGCGGCACAGUGGUGGCAGUACAUCGAUCGAGGCUCCAUUGCCAUCUGGUUACUGGGUGCGCCACCAUGAUGAUAUUCACUGGGUGAGCACGGACGAAUCUGACAGAUUCGGCAGUUUAGAUCGUAGACGCCGAAAUGCUCAACACAACAGUGUCAGUGAGGCGAAUCUUGACACACAAUCGCGUUAUCGCACGGUUGCCGUUGCAUGUACUAAAAGCUCGUCGAGCAGCAAUGUCACCGCGUCAUCCCAUCAGCAUCACUCUGUUCACCUGCUGCCGUUAUCCGAACAACAAACGUCGACGAACAACAAGAUGCUGCUGCGUACACAAUCAUUAGGUAGCGUAGAGACCUGGAACUCGAAUCAUUCGCACGAUUCGCACGAUGGUAAAGAUGCGUCUGCGACGGAAUACAUCAAUAACAAUCGUAAAAGUCGUCAGAAAGAGUGGUACGAAACAUCGUUGGAUGCAGGAGUGAGUGCGGGCUUGGAUCACAAUCUGAUCGCCGCACGAAAAAAUGUGCAUUAUCAAUCGAGUCCACCACUUGUUCGUAUUAAAACUGCCACUAAUGAGAACGCAAGAGAUAAUCAGACGACAGCCGGACCGCCACUGCCAAUGAGCCCAGCGAACCGUCAUAAGAGAGAUAAGCCCGAGGAGCGGCAGCACCCAGUGCAACAGUCUCAUCCUCGUUAUGAUCAGCCCACAAUCAGGUCGAAAGUAUUGGAGAUACCGGCCGAAUCGAAGCCAUCCAUGGACGUCUGCGAUAAUGUGAUACGACCGUUAGGCUCACCGCAAAAUUGCACGAUUGUGCAGCCAGGAAAAUAUCAACCAUAUAGGGAAGUGACAAAGCCUUUUGAAAUGUCGGACUUUUACAAGUACUCGACAAAAUUCCGCAAGAGGAACGAAGCUGCCGCGCAGUCUCAGGUCGGCAACGGAGAUUCUCCGCUCCAGGAGAAUCGUCCUGCAGAAACAGGCACCGCUGAUUUAUCUAGGGAUCCCAAUUCUUAUAAUUUCGGAUCAAAUGAUAAUGUUACCGCUAGUCCGGUACAAAGAAGACUCUAUCAGCCGGUACAGCGCAUGACUUGUCAACCUUAUCUCUCGUCGUUGAGAUAAUUAUUUGUGCUCGCAUAUAAUGUAGGAUGUAAUUAUGCCUCACACAAAUAUCUACAGAAUUAUUCAUUCUGAGAUAAUAGGCUGGUCCUAUCGAUAAACAUUUUUUUCAUUCUUUAGUUCACUAUUGCAGCAUACAAACAGGGUGUCACGCUUCUUCCCCCAUGACAUUACGAUUUCAAAUCGAUUAGAAAAUGUAUCGUUAAACAUUAAUGCAUUGAUAACGAAAUCUGUAUAUAUAGAUAUACAUACACACACACACACACACACACACACACACAUAUAUAUUCCGAAGAUAUAAUUACACAAUGUUGUUCACAUAUUUUUCGUUUCUCUUUUGAGAAUUAAUCAUUCUUAACAUAUCUAUCAAACAUAUCUAUCAACUGUAACAUAAGCAUUUUUAUUUUAAGAAAUUUGACCAUUUAUAUAUCGUAUAUGAGAUAUGUUCUAAAAGAGUAGAAAAAGAAAAAGUAAGGAAUUGGAGGGAUCCAAGGAUUAUUCAAUCCUGAUCUCGAUUAAUUAAUAUUGGGACCUGAAUAGUGCCUUUUAUUAAUGGAAGUAUCAAGUGGAUAAUAAUAAAUUGUAUUUUUAACUUACAUCUUAACAUGAUUCAAUAAUUUCAUUGAAAAUUAUUCUCAUUAUCCAUUUGUUGACUUCUGAUAUAAUUGUAUUCAUAACUGUGUUCAGCGAUGUAUAUAUUUUUUCUACAAACGAACUGCAAUGAACUAUGGUUUCUUCUAAAGAAAUCGCCAGAUUGAUAAGAUAUUAAUGUUGAUUGUUAAAUACAGUUUUUUCUGGAUUAUGUCAUUAAAUAAUGUUGAAAAUUUGCAGUUUUAGCAUCCUCAGACUCUAUUUUUAGAGGACUAUUUUUAU